GUGUCUGAGGGUUGAGAGCUCGAGCAGGAUCAGGAGGGGAAAAAAAAAUCCACUUAAGAGCCGUUAGUGUGAGAGCUGCUGCGUGUUAGUGUGGAGGGAUCGCACUGCGUAGCAGAGAUAAACUCUCACCACUCACGUACAGGAGUUAAAAGAAAGAACCCCCCCUCCCCGCGGGCAGCUUCCAGUAAAAGGACAAAAAAAAACCCCUAAAAAGAGACAACACAACAAGAAAAAAAAGGACAAGGUUUGGGACCGAGAACACGAGAUAGAGAGAUUCUUCGAACGCCGGAACUUUUAAAGCUUUUUCGUGUGUGCGUGUUUUUGGGAGGGGGGGAAAGUAUUUUUUUUGGAAUAUGGUAGGGGAAAUGGAAAAUAAGGAACGACCAAAACCUACCCCAGACUAUCUCAUGCAACUGAUGAACGACAAGAAGCUGAUGAGUAGCCUGCCUAACUUCUGCGGCAUUUUCAAUCAUUUGGAAAGGUUGCUGGAUGAAGAAAUCAGCAGAGUGCGGAAAGAUAUGUACAAUGACACAUUAAAUGGAAGUACGGAGAAGAAAAGUGCAGAAUUACCUGAUGGUGUAGGGCCUAUUGUACAGUUACAAGAGAAGCUUUAUGUACCUGUUAAGGAAUAUCCUGAUUUCAACUUUGUUGGAAGAAUCCUUGGACCCAGAGGUCUAACAGCAAAACAGUUGGAAGCAGAGACAGGAUGCAAGAUUAUGGUACGAGGAAAGGGCUCAAUGAGGGACAAGAAGAAGGAGGAACAAAAUAGAGGCAAACCCAACUGGGAACACCUGAAUGAAGACUUGCAUGUAUUAAUCACUGUGGAAGAUGCUCAGAACAGAGCAGAAAUAAAACUAAAGAGGGCAGUGGAGGAAGUUAAAAAGUUGCUUGUACCAGCGGCAGAAGGAGAAGAUAACCUUAAGAAAAUGCAGCUGAUGGAAUUAGCAAUACUGAACGGCACUUAUAGAGAUGCCAACAUCAAAUCACCUGCCCUUGCCUUUUCUCUUGCAGCAACAGCCCAAGCUCCACGGAUCAUUACAGGGCCCACGUCGGUUCUACCACCAGCUGCCUUGAGGGCCCCGACACCAGCUGGUCCAACUAUUAUGCCUCUAAUUAGGCAAAUACAAACGGCAACAGUAAUGCCUAAUGGAUCACCUCACCCGACUACAAUAGUGCCUCCUGCACCUGAAGCCAGUCUAAUUUAUACUCCUUACGACUAUCCUUACACACUGGCACCAGCUACUUCUAUCCUGGAGUAUCCCAUUGAGCCUAGUGGUGUAUUAGGUAUGGCUUUCCCAACGAAAGGCUAAGAAUUCAAGGACCAUGUUACUGAACCCUCGUCAGAUCCGAACUUUAACAAAUGCUUAGUUUCACAGCAGCCUUGGAUAAAUGAGCCCACCCUGACUGUCAGUGAAAUACUAGCAUUGUGUGCGUGUGCACAUAUUUGGAAACCAGCUGGGUCAAUUAGUUACAAUUCUGACCUAGUGUUCCUCCUAUCAUUUUGUUACAUCUAUCCCAGAGGAAUCAUAUGUAAAGUAUUUCAUUGUCUGUUUGAUGUGGGGUUCAUCCAAUACUGUGUUUGCUUUACAAAUCACCUAAUUCUUUGCCGUUUGUAGCUCGCAGCUUCUGAGCUAAGUGUGCAUUUUGUAGGUCAAUUGCUGAAGAACUUUUAAAAUCUGUAGAGGUUUUAUUUUUUAAAAAUCGAUCUCAGUAUUGAUUCAGUGUUAUGAUGAAUUAAAACUUGUUCGUCCGCAAGAAGCACUCCACUGAUUAUGUGACUAUUAAAACUUAAUUGUGUUUUGAUCUAAUUGAGUUAUCUCAUACAGUGGGAUUUUUAACAAAUAGAUAAUAAUUGUUUAAGACUGUCUUUUAAAACGGAAUGCAAUAUUAACAUGCACAAUUGUACUCUCUUUAGUAAUUUCUGCGUAAAAUGUUCAAAUUAUAAAGGUGCUGUGCCUUAAACGGUUUUUAACUGAUAUCAUGUAGUAAUUUCUAAUGUAAACCCAUCAUUGAUCUGAUGUUAAGAUGCUAUUGAUAAGUUAAUCAAUCACUUCCUAGGAAAUUCCUCUAAUCAUGUGUUGGAAAUGUUGCAAUUUAACUAGGUGCAGUGGCUACUAAAGUUCGAAGGCACGAUAUGCGGGUCCAUCCUUACCAAAGGGUUGUGACCGCAGACCGAGGUUAGUUUAGUACUGGAGUUCUUGUUUUUUGUUGAACAUGUUGACUGAAAGGCUGCUGCUUUGCAACAUCACAUCGAGUGGAGUUAACUGAUGGCCUAAUUUCUGAGGACCAGUCAUGUCCAUUUUGUUCUGCCAAAUAUUACUGUGCCCACCGACUCUUCAAGAUUUUUUGUUGCAAAGCUUUUUGAGAACUUUAAAGUGUAAGUUCUCCACAUAAGACAAAAGAGAUGGAAAAAUAUACUAAGCUGGAGAAAGAGAACAUUGAUGUUCCUGUUCCCUGCCUGGUAAAAUUGUGAGCAUUGAGGUGCAUAUUCUAACUGUCAACCUGUGUUUAAUAUUAGGGGAAGGGAGGGAAAUGUUUUCACAUAUGUGAAAAAGUUAUUAUUGACAAAUCCAAAAAGGCUUUUUUAAACUAUACUUCAUACAGGACCAAUUUCUUUUCCUUGAAGAGAAGAAGUCCUAAUUGUGCCUUUAUAAUGUUCAAUGAAAUGUUACACUCGAAAAUGAAUUUAUAUAAUAUGUACUUGAUUUUUAUUGUUGCUUGUUAAGGGGUCCAUGAACUUUAAAAAACUGCAUUUGGAUGUAUUAUACUUAAGGUAAAGUUAGGAUUUUAUCAGACUGUUUCUUAUUUUCCCUUUUUAUCCAGUAGUUUACACAUAGGUCUUAACAGGAAAUUGAAUGUUCAUUUUCCCAACUGUUGUUAUCGUUUAACAUACAAGUGGAAAAACAUAGUGUGAAAUUAAUGUACUUCAGGCUUGCUAACGCACCAUAAAUUUGACAGCUAAGAUUCUUAUUACCUAAUCAAUCUUCAAAAUGACUAUUACAUCCAAACUAUAUAAAUCUUUGUAAGUUAAAUUUCCCAUUAAAUUUUAAUGAAAAGAUAUAACUGUGGUGAAAUACCACUUUUUCUCCACUUCUUGAUAAUAAGUGGAACUGCACCAAUAGCCCAGUUUCCCUUAGCUACUUUGUUUUCCAUGUCCAUUUUGUCACAUAUCCAAAUUGUUUUCAUUAUCAGGAGAACCAAUUUUAUGUAAAGAAAUGUACUAUAUUUUAAGCGCACUUUACAUUUUACGUGAAAUUGCAUCAUAUAGCGAGAAGAAAAUGAACUCUUGUGGAAGACCCUAGUACAUUAUGGAUCUAGUACUUGCCACAAACAAAAUAAAAGCCAGCUUUCCUUCGCGUGCUUUGUUCCAAUGCUUUUAUGCCCCACUAUCAUUCCUAACACUAAAUAUUUACAUUCAGAUGAUAGUUUAAUAUCUACAUGCUGUGUUGGAAACCUGAAUUACUACUCGGUAUUCCAGCAAUAUGUUUGGACCUUUAUUUAUUCAAAAACAGACACUGUUUAAAGGCAGUGUCUCCCAACUAGUCUGAGGAACUUCUGUAUUCAAUAUAUUAGCUUCCACAGGCAAUCUUAAUUACUGCUGUUGAUGGGUUAUUUAGAUAGAUGGUUCUCUUUCUUUGCAUAGGAUUGAGCUUCUUAAACAUUUUGCAACAGUAAAAACUAUUUUCCAAUUAAUUUAGAUGUAAUAAUUUUAAUUAAGUAUUUAGAAUUGGUGAUGGGUUAAUGAGUGCAUAGUUCCUUACUGCUAAGAAAAUGACCCUUCAGUGUAACUUUACAGAAUUGUAUUUGGUACAGAUAACAAGAUAGACAGACUGACUGAAGUAAUUGGAAUAAACUCCACAUUGUGUUGCACAGUUUCUGAACCUGUGUGUACUGUUGAAAGCCUGGACUGAACAGAGGACCUGUAGCAGGUGUAUUGGUUGAUUAAAUACAUUAUAGCCAUUUUGUUGGCCCUUAAAGGCUGUAUAUUUUAAAAGAUAAAAACAAGUGUUUAGUUUACUGUGAGCAUAUUGCAGCUUUUUUAAAAAAAACCUCAAAUUUUUAGCAGGGUAAAAUAUUAUUUUUCUUUUUGUUUCAAGAAUUUGCAGUAAAUGAGCCCUAGAAUGUAAACAAUAAUUUCCAAUACGUCAGUUUUCUCGUUUUUUUUUAACAGGUACACUGAAAAAAUUGUCAUCACAGAAUUAGAUAUUCUAGCGUCGUGAUUUUGGUUGCUGAGGCACCUGGAAAUUGUUUAACCAGUGCCUGAUUCAUGCAGUACAAAUUCAUGGCCUUGCAAUAGCCGUCAGUGGGUGAUGCACUGCUAUUUUAGCCCACUAACGUAACAUGAAAAAAGAUGUGCUGUUCUUCUUUUUCCCCCCUAAGGAGGAUGAGGUCCAUAAAAAUGUACAUAAAAUGGUGAACAAAUACAGCCUUAUGUAUAGGCCACCAAAAGGGAUGCUAUUGUUAAGAAUAACACUGACCUUACCUUGCUGAAAUGGCACAAAUUUGACUUUGCACUGAAUAAUUUAUUUCAUUUCCUCUGUUUUAGUCUUGUGGCCAACAGUACAAUAUUUUGGAACCUCAGAAUUUUGAUACAUGUUAAGCUGUUGAACAAAAGUCUUAUUUUACAUUUAAGUGGACCAAGUUGGGUGGAGGAAAUGGGAGAACGAAAGAGAGUGAGAUAGAGAGAUUCCAGAACGCUGUGACUUAUCACUUUCCACUUGAGAACUUAUGUUUUACUGUAAUCAUCUCCAUUUUAAAUUUUUUUUGCAAAGAAAAUAGUAUUACAGGUGGCUUCUUUUUAAAAAGUAUAAAAAUAUAAAGCAGGAAUGUAUAUGAAAAUGUCAGAUUUUAUUGUAUUUGCAGAGUAUUAGCAUUGAAAUUCAAAAAGAGGGCUAUUUGUAGUUUAAAAUGUGCAUUAUAGUGUCAAGUAGAAAUUCAUCUAUUUUUGGAUAUAUUUUAGAGCUUUAUAAAUGUAGACUUUUAAACGGCAGGAGUUCUAUUGUGUUUACAUGCGGUUGCAUUUUAUACAAGACUGUCCUCUAAGUGUACAAUAGUACUCUCAACUGGAAUUUGUUGAAUAAAGUAAAAUACUCGGCCUCUUCCAAGUUCCCAUGAUGUAGCCAACACUGCAAGUCGUAUAAUUUAGAAUUGCUUGUAUUUGAGGCCAAGAAUUUCAUAUUGUUGUAAAUAGAAGAAUUGAAAGGCAAUAAAAUUUUAUUGAACAAC